AUGGGCAUAGAAAUAUGUCUCUUCUACUCCUUCUUCAAGUCCCUUGUGGGCAAGGAUGUGGUCGUGGAACUCAAGAAUGACCUGAGCAUCUGUGGGACCCUCCAUUCUGUGGAUCAGUAUCUCAACAUCAAACUUACUGACAUCAGCGUCACAGACCCUGAGAAAUACCCUCACAUGUUAUCAGUGAAGAACUGCUUCAUCCGGGGCUCAGUGGUCCGCUAUGUGCAGUUGCCUGCAGAUGAGGUGGACACGCAGCUACUACAGGAUGCAGCGAGGAAGGAGGCCCUGCAGCAGAAACAGUGAUGCAAUGACUCCACCCCUUCCCUCUUCCAUUGGUGAUCCUUGACCUGGGGUCCCAGCCCAGGACCCCUCCUUCAUACUUGAGAUGUUGUGUUUAUUGUUUUUCAAUAUUGAAGGCGCUUUUUUUUUAAAGGGGGCGGGGGGAGAUGAGUAGAUGAGAGGACUAAUUAGUGGGGAGCAGCUAUCCUCGGUGAGAAGGGAAGGUACUUGUCUGGGGAACUGCAGUGUUCCUGGUCCCCAGCACCUGCCUUUCCUCCUUCCCCAGAGAUGCUGGGAGAAUCUAGAUCUCUCCAGGGCGGCCUGUGACUCACUUGGGGAUGGACGGACUCUGUCCCGCAUCGGGAAUAAAGUGUUGGUGCACAUU